AUGGCCCCAAGUGACCGUAAUGAGACUGAGACUGCAAGCGAGGCCCGUGGGCGGCCUGGCUCGCCCGGCCACCUCCUGUUGCACAUCCACCACCUACGCCAGUUCCAGUACCGCUCCGUCAUCCUGCCCUACGAGCGGCGGGAGUACACCUUCUGCCUCGGGGGCGUCACCAUCGACAUGGAGAGGGGUGGGCCUCGGAACCCGUCUCUGGUGGAGAACAUCUCGCUGGCCCUGAGUGCCGCCGUGCUGCACGUGCUGUGCCAGCCUCGCCCCGACCGCCCCGUCGUCGGCCAGACCAACCGCAUCCCCGUCGAGAAGCUGAGUCUGCUGCACGCCCUCGGCUACUUCGCUGACUCCACGCCCCACAACUCCUUCCUCAGGUCGUGCACGGGAGACGGCUGCGGCGGCUGCGGGUCCUGCGGUGGCUGCGGGGGCUGUGGAGGCUGUGGGGGCUGUGGGGGCUGUGGGGGUUGCGGGGGUUGCGGCGGCUGCGGGGGUUAA